AUAGCAACUUCCGCUUGUUGACAUUUUUCCUGUCUCUUUCUUUUCGUCCCUAUCCGAUUGCGGAGAGUGCACACAUUUUGUGCCUGGUUUUUAAAACAGCAAAAACUCGGAUAACUUACCCCUAAAAUGGCCAAGCGUACCAGGAAGGUUGGAAUCGUCGGAAAGUACGGUACCCGUUAUGGUGCUUCGCUGCGUAAGAUGGUGAAGAAGAUGGAAAUCACCCAACACGCCAAGUACACCUGCACGUUCUGCGGCAAGGAUGCUAUGAAGCGAUCGUGCGUAGGUAUCUGGUCGUGCAAGCGAUGCAACCGUGUCGUUGCCGGCGGUGCCUGGGUGUACUCUACCACAGCUGCUGCUUCGGUACGAUCAGCUGUCCGACGUCUGCGUGAAUUGUAAAAGGUACCGCUUGGCACGGUAACGGAAAGCGAAAUGAUGCAUUCGGGACUACACUUGGGGGAGAGUGAAGAGGUGAAACUCGGGAUUCCAGCAAAGCGAUGUGUUGUUUGCCAAUAUCAUUUGUUUUUUUAGGAAACCCAUCAUCAUAGCUUUCUACAACUGGCAGGGCCUGUGAGUCAGAUCGUUUUGUGUUAAUAAAAAGGGAAUGGUUCUAUAAAGAACGAAUGGAAUGGAAACGGUUCGGAAGGAAAUA